UUAUGCCUGAAAAAUAUAAGGACAUUUUUACAGACAUGCAAGAAAGUAUUUGGUUUAAAGGAUCAGGAUUUGUUUGAUCCACCAGAUCUGUUUGAUGUGAAAGAUUUUCGGAAGGUUUUGUACACAUUGUCGAAACUUUCUAAAACAGAACUAGCUCAAAAGACUGCCAGCGAGUUUCCACCCUUCGUAGAAACCCAAGAAUAUGAUGAAGAUGAAGACAUUUACAGUAACCUUAAAGAGAUGGCAUUUGAGAAUGACUUGGAUGAUAACCAGGAUUUAUAUGAUGUCGUGUACGACGGCGAGGAAGAUGAACAGAUAUAUGAACACUUGUGUAUUCGACAUCAAAGAUUCUCCACACUUCUUUCUGCUUACUUACAGACGGGAAUGCCACCUCCAACCACAAAACGGGACCACUGCCUCAAAGAGUUGGUUGACACAGAGAAAAAUUAUGUUGAAGCCCUAUUAAUGAUUGUGAAUCAUUUUAGUAAACCUCUUCGAAAUGUUUUACCUUCACAAGAGCGAGAAAUUAUAUUCAAGCACAUAGAACCUCUUUUGGAAGUUCACCAGGCCUUUCACAGUGAACUCUUGAAAGCCUGCUCGAAAGGUGUACCUAAAAUUAGUGAGGUAUUCAUUAAACAUAAACCUAAAUUUCUCAUUUAUGGGGACUUUUGUUCCAACUUGCCCCAGGCACAAGACCUCAUUGAUGAAGCAUGCAAGCGUAGUGAAUUAGUGAGAAAUUCCAUUGAAGAGUGUCAGACAAGAGCAAAUGAUGGAAAAUUUCGUCUCCGAGACCUUCUCUCUGUGCCGAUGCAGCGUGUCCUCAAAUAUCAUCUGUUACUGAAGGAAUUAAUUAAACAAACAGAUAAAACGGAUGAUGAUCGGAAGAAUCUAGAAAUAGCUUUAGAAGCUAUGCAGGAUUUAUCAUUAUAUGUAAAUGAAGUGAAGCGUGACAAUGAAGCUGUUGACCUUAUUGAAGAAAUUCAAAACAGUAUUGUUGAUUUACAGAUGCCCCCUAAUAUUUCCCUGAAGGAUUAUGGCCGUUUACAGAAAGAUGGUGAUUUGAAAGUGAGAUGUCAUUCUGAUAACCGAGCACGACCAAGAUAUAUUUUUCUUUUUGACAAAGUGAUGCUUAUGUGUAAAUCACGGAUUGUGGAUAAACUCUUUUGGGGAGAAGCAUAUAGUUAUAAAGAAGCUAUUGCUCUUGGUGAAUACCGAAUUGAUGAACAAGUCCCUAGUCGGGAUCAACAGAGGAAGCCUGAUAAGUGGAACUUUUCCUUCACGAUGGUGCAGAAAAAUCAAGAGCUAGCUUAUACUUUCUUUGCUAAAACCGAUGACAUGCGUAGUAAAUGGAUUGAAGCAAUUUUACUGUCACUUGAUAAUGUUCAACCAGCUGCAGGAUCUAGCUAUGUGAUGCAUACUUUUAGUAAACCUAAAGAAUGUGAUGUGUGCGGUAAAUUGUUGAGAGGUGUGUUUUUCCAGGGUUACCAGUGUCAAGAAACAAAAAAAGCUGUUCACAAAGAAUGUAUUGGGAAAGAAAAGAAUGUGCCUCCAAUACCUCCAAGAACUAGUCAUGUUCGCUCAUUAGAAGAAUAUUUAGGAAUCCCUGCACCUCCAAAUGAACGGACCGCUUUAAAAUUCCAAAGUGACACAGUUAUUGAGCUUCUACAGAAAUCAGAUGAAUGGUGUCGGGGUCGGUUACGUGGAGAUGAAGGAUGGUUUCCAGCUCGGUCAGUUUCAGAUGUUUCAAGUCGGGACCAUCAUCGAAAGACUUCAUACACUGAACAUAAGCUGAAUGGCCACCAUCAUGCUAUUACUAAUACUACAGAGCAUGGCAACAAUCUACCUAAGUUUGACACCUCUAUGUUAACAAAAUACCCUUGGUAUGUAGGACCAAUGGAACGUGACUGUGCCACCAAGAAGCUAGAAGGUCAUGCCAGUGGCACAUACAUGAUUAGAGAGAGUCAGAACCCAACACGAGCAGGAGAGUUAUCUCUUAGUAUAUGUUUUGACAGUACAGUUCGUCAUAUAAAAGUGAAUAAAACGUCAGAUGGAGAUUUUUUCUUGGCCGACAUCAAAUUUUUCCACUCACUCCCAGAACUUGUUGAGUGGUAUCAAGAAAAUUCCUUGGUUCACAGUUUUCCUGAGUUGAAGACACAACUAAAGAUCCCCUUCAAAGAAAGCACAACAGCAGGGUUUUCAUGGAAUCUGAAUAUAGUGAGUUAUGCUGUUGCCAUUUAUGAUUAUUCAGCAACGGCCACCAACCAGCUUUCAUUGCGGGUGGGUGACCGGGUGGCAAUAUUGAGCAAAGCUGGAGGUGACAAGGGCUGGUGGAAAGGAAAGAUUCUACAUUAUGGAAAGGUCGGCUACUUUCCACUAACAUACGUACGAGAAGAAGAAGACUAAAACGAGGAAACCAGCAUGCUCCGUCGCGAACUCCAUCUGGUCUUUGUAUUCCAAGGAACAACAAAAACACCAUUACCGCAACAACAUCAACAAAAAAAACUACUACAACAAUAUCGACAACAAUCACUACCACCAGCACCACCACCACCACCACC